AUGGGAGAGGGAAAGGGUCAGCGAGGGCGAGGAGGACGGGCCUUGCGUGGCUCCUUGAAGCAGCAGCGGCAGCGGGGUGGCCUAGCCGCCCCUUCUUUCUCCUCCUUCCCUCGCUUGCCUCCUCAGGCCGUGGCUGCUGGGCUUCCCCGCACCAUGUCUCGUACUCUCCUAUGGAGACGGGUGGCCCGCGCCGUCCUGGGGCCUCUCUCAACCGAAUCCGCGACGAAACCCUGGGGACGGCCAGCUGUGGCUUCGGCAGGACUUCCGCAAGGCAUCCGCAAGAAGGGCAUGUGCUACGGCGAUGAUGCCUGCUUCUUUUUGUUUUUCUUUUCAGUCAAAGAUGCUCUGUCCUUCCAGACUCCAGAAAUACCCACUUCACACAAUUUUGACAAGUUGCUUGAAUUUGAUGGGGAUGCUUUUGGUACUGAAAAUGAUCUUGGCUUGAGAGUUGAAUCAGAAACUUGGCAUGGCACUGAUGCAAAUGAGACCACCAGAUAUCAGUACAAGGAUCUGAUUCAAACUUCUAAUGGAUACUUAAGGCUUCCAGCUCCCCUCUUCUUUUCAUGGUGUGCUCAUGAUAACCCUGCAGGGUUUCUAAUGAACCAGGCUGCAAAGUGCAACACGGUGAUCCAAGAGAAAGACUGUACCACCCUUCCGGCUCUCAGUAUGGAGUUCUACACCAAUAUUAGCAUUUUGGCUGUACCAAAUUCCAGUCAAAUGGUGAAUAUCACUAUCCAGUCCAUCACUGUUCAGACACUGGACGGACUACGCACACGUCUAAACAACACUGAUGUUGUGAUGCUCCCUACUUUACAUGCUAAGUCAUGUAGCAAUGUGGUGCUUGAGGCAAAUUAUCUUACAACUUUCACAGAGGCAGGUGAAAUAAUUGGUGUGGCUGUGUCUUUGGUCCUGGGGACCAUUAACGUGGCAGCCAUUUUCAUACAGCAAGCCUUUGCAAUCCGUUUUAUUCAGCAAGAUACUCGGCCGAUUCCUCUCAGCGGAAGCCCUGGAUAUGUUAUUGGACAACCAGUAAGGGCUGGUUUUAGGUCAGCUGGCUCUGGAGUCAUUCAGAGUGUGAAUGAAAAGGGCCAGCUUACCAUCAUGAAAAGCACCCCGGCACAGGAUUGUUUGGGUGUGGAAGGCAUUCGAACCCCAGUCUUGUUUGGGUACAACAUGAUGUCUGGAUGCCAGCUACGAAUUACCAAGGAUGCAGACUGUGAGCUCUUGGCACCAGCCCUCCUGACUGUGCUGAAGGGUCAAAACUUUCCAGACUGCGUAGCCACCUUUGGAGAUUCUCUACCCCAAAAUGGACCAGACUGGAUUCAGAUUCAUAAUAACAUCACCAAGCUGAGCACCUGUGAAAUUCCAGUCUCGUUUGAAAUAGAAGUGCAGUGGACUAAAUAUGGCUCCUUGGUGAACCCUCAGGCUAAAAUCGUGAGCCUCACAGCGACAGUAAUGACAGCUGCCUUACCCCAGGUGGCUUUGGGAAAUGAAAGCACCAUCCAGAUACUUACUUCUGUUACUUUCGCUGAUGUCUCCACACCAGCCAGUCCGGGUUACAAAGCUCUUCCAACCAUCAAGGCCAACCUGCCGUUUGACUUUUUCUUCCCAUUUGUUUAGAGCAGGGGCCCAAUAUCCACCCAUCCAAUUCCCUCCCAUGGGCCACACUCCUCUGACAGUGCUCCCGAACACCUCUACCCUCAUUCCAGUCCUUCCCAAAAUUCCAACUUAGUUUCUCUGCUACCAAACACAGCUGUGCCCAACUCUUGGAGCAAUGUGUUCUUGGGGCAGGAUAUUGUAAAGGUAGGCACCAUGGGCAGGGUGAAUGCCAUGUGUCUUUCCCUCUCUUUCGAGGAAGCAGCUUUUCACAUGAUGCUAGACAACUCCCUCACACCAGUCAGAUGCAGGCCACUCCAUUUGGGCAGUUUCCCAGGGGGAGAAAACUUGGUGUUCCUGUACCUGAUCACCUAGCUGUUACAGAAUUGGAGUUCAACAACAUCUGCAGGGAGUGUUGGUAAUUUCAUCUUGGCCACUGAAGAUCUUCACCUCAUAUGAUGGUGCUUUGGAGUUAGCAGUGUGUCACAAAGGUUGUGUACAGCAAGACUUCUGACUAAGAAGGUAACAACAACAGAAACCAUAAGGGAACACCAACCACAAAGCCAUGUCUUGAGGUAGAAAGUUUGGAGAAGUGAUUACCCUUCAAAGAGAUCUACUCCCUCUCUCCUUCUAGGGGUACUACCGCUGUUAACUUGCAGUUUUUGUGGAACUAAGAAAGACCAUCUUUUUAUACAGCUUUGGCUUUAUUAAAUUAUUUUUGUUCUUUUUUUCCAAACUGUACAGCUGCACAAUUAAAGAUUGGAAUAAUUGGGUUUUC